CUCGGAACCAAACUACAAAAAAUGGAGCUGACUCUUUCGCCUCCUCGUUCUCCGCUUCAAUCUCAUGGGAUACCUUGACGGGACCACCAUCGCCAAAUCGGCCGAUGAUGCAGAAUGGUAUCAAUUCGACGCUCUACUUCAAGGAUGGAUCUUGUCUACCGUCUCCGACGAGGUCUCCGAUCUCAUUCUUGCAAACAGCCCCACCGCCGCUGCUCUAUGGAAAGCCAUCUACAAAUUGUUCCAUGAUAAUAAGCACGCCCGGGCGAUGCAACUGGAGCACCGUUUCUGCACCACCGUCAAAGGGACGAAGACAAUAAAUGAAUAUUGCCAUGCUCUCAAAAACCUAGCCGACUACCUUGAUGACGUCGACGCUCCGGUGACCGAGCACGCUCUUGUACUACAAGUUCUUCAAGGAUUGCCGCACGACAUUCGGGGACAGGUCCACUUUUUGCAGUACCAAAAUCCGUUCCCGACGUUCUUGGAUGUCCGCUCGGCCCUCCUCCUGGUCGAACAACAGCAGGCUGAAGCCCUCCCCAGCGCCGGCCCGUCAAUCGCCCUCCUCAGCUUCAACGGCGGCGGCAGAUCCUCGACGGGCGGCAGUCAGUCACGGCAGGGCAGCAACUCUGGACGAGGCAGUUUUGGCGGCACAAAUCGGGGAAACUCUGGCGGCUAUCGAGGGCGUGGCCGUGGACGUGGAC